GCGGUUGGGGCGGGGCAGGCGCGGCCGCCCCCUCCAGCUCCGGGCAGCGCGGGGCCGCGCGGCCGCCCCGAGAGAUGUUCAACCGCGCCGUGAGCCGCCUCAGCAGGAAGCGCCCGCCGUCCGAGAUAAAUGACAGCGAGGGGCACCCAAGCAGCAGCCGCCAGAGCUUGAAAGGAACCUCAGAAUGGGCUGCGUCGCUGGAGAACCUCCUUGAAGAUCCAGAAGGAGUUAAACGAUUUCGGGAGUUUUUAAAGAAAGAAUUCAGCGAAGAAAAUGUUUUGUUCUGGUUAGCAUGUGAAGAAUUUAAGAAAACACAGGGGAAAAAACAGAUGCGAGAAAAAGCUAAAGAGAUAUACAUGACUUUCCUGUCAAAUAAAGCUUCAUCCCAAGUCAAUGUUGAAGGGCAGUCACGUUUGAAUGAGACAAUUUUGGAGACACCUCACCCUCUGAUGUUUCAGAAGCUGCAGGAUCAGAUAUUCAAUCUCAUGAAAUACGACAGCUACAGCCGCUUCUUAAAGUCAGACAUAUUCCUAAACCAUAAGAAGUCUGAGGAGCAAGAGGAGAAUUCAUCGGAAGCUCAGACUGCAGCUAAAAGAGCAUCAAGAAUUUACAACACAUGAUACAAUGAACCUCGUUAGGAGAGGCAGUACAAUAAUUAAAUUACACUCAGGAACAGUCUAGGUUUCUAGCAGUUGCAUUUAGGGCUUGAAAAGUUCAAAACCUUUUUAGGAGAUACUCACUUUCUUAAUUGCUUGAAUGACUAAUUGUUUUUGCAAGACAGCAAAUAACCAAGCACCUAUCGAAAGACUGUUUCCUAGCUAAAAGGCUGAGCUAUUCCUCCAUAGCAUGAAUUGCAUUUAAUAUUUCAUAAGUUGAGCUUUCAGUUUCUUUUUUUUUUUUUUUUUUUUUGUGAAGCAUCAUGAUGUAAAGAAAUGGGAGAUAGGAUGUUUUGUCAUCCGUGUGAGUUUUGUUUUUAAGUGUUUGCCUUCUGGUUUUUAUUAGUGCCUGGCUUUUACUUUCCGAAUUGCUGGGAGCAGCUGUUGAGGAGUAUGCUUUGAGUUAUUUUGUGGAUGAAUCAUUCAUAGGAAGUCAAAAUUGAGGGACAGCAUCUUUCAGGGUUAGGUCAAUAGAAUCCAAUCUUACUCUUUUUCUUUCAAGGUGAUAGAUGUUUUGCUUUGCCUUUACUUACGAGUCAAAACAUUUUUCUGGUCAUGAUAUUCAUUUCUGUUUUUCUUAAAUUUCUACACAAUGUUUUUGCUGUAGACAAUCGUCUUCUUCAUGACAAGAAUGGAACCUAUGCUACCUUUGGAACCAAAGUUCUUAAAUAGAUGGAAUUUCUGAGGAACUGCUAAUAGCCACUGGGAAAUCUGACUGUAGAAAUCCCACACUGGGCAUGCUCAGUUCAGCAGAGCUUGACUGGGGCAUGUCCUGCACGUCAGCUCAGUUGUCUGUAACAUCAGUGUCAGGUGCCAGUACUAGAAAGCAGGUGUUUUAUCCUGGGUCACCUCCAUCCCGCAGUGUGUGGCAAGAGUCAUUCUGCAAAGGGCCAGCCAACAAAGUCUGACUUUGCUUUAUUAAAAUCUUUCUACAGGCAACUUGCCAGUGUUACUAAAUUGCUGUUACAGUUGGAAAAGCAAAAAUAGCUACCAGCUUUAUUUAUGAGUGUCAGUGCGUACGGACUAUCUCUGUUUCACUUUCAUUAUUUGCGCUUUUUUUUUUUUGAACUACUUUUCUUGAUCUUUUGUUGAUGUGCUGGCUAGUCAGAUUGCACAGUUAGGUUUUGAUAUAGUUCUGUGUUAUUUUUCCCCGGGAAGAUCAGACAUGUCAUACAUUGCUGUCGCUAUCAGUGUUUUUAAAAUGACGUUCGGGCUGUAGAUUUUGAGGAAACGUUUUCUUUUAGUAGACUUGACUAUGACUUUGGUUUAACUCUGGUCCAUUCUUGCAGGUUGUGUGUAGAGCAAAUGGUUUCUGUGGGUUUGUCUCAUUACAUUUAAGAGUGGGAAUGGGACUUCUGAUUCUUCUUACAGAGCUAAGCAGCCUGUUCAUUCUUAGGAAAUUAAAUUUUAAGAAGGAAAUGAUAAAGCUCCCCUCAAAUGCACGUUUUAAGAUGAAAAUUCACUCAUUGCAUAAAAAUUACUGUUUAUGCUCCCAGAGGAUUUAAAAGUGAGGCCAUACUCUUGCUUCAGGCACUUCCAGUGUUGUGUGACCUCAUACUUACUUGUAUUUCUCUGUUUUGCUGAAUAGGAAUGAAGCAAUUAUGCGCGUGAAUCCUUUUGUUUUAAUGGGGCCUAGGAACUGCAACCAUCCAGUUCUGGACUUGCCAACUAUUUGUAAUGUCAGGAUCACCUCUUUUGGAAAUUGACUAUCACAAUGAACUCUUAACCCCUGCCGCUGCAGGGGAUGGAACUUCUGAUACAAUUAUGUCCUUGGGAGUGGGCUGCUUGAACGCAUGUAGGAGCUAAGAUUCGCCUCUUCUCAGUUAUGACAGCAGAAGUCCUUGUGAUGUAGAAAAUGUAGGGUGGGGACCUUCAUGGGGAAAGUGCAGAAUGAACUCUUACCACAUUCAUCACAUGGAUGCACAAUAGAUUCAUUUUUAAUCAUAUUGAUUUUAAAAAUGCACAAUUAACGGAGAAAAGUCUUUGACUACCAGGUUUUAAAAUAAUAAUAAUAAAUUAAACCAGAGGUGGUAUAAACAGUGGUAGGGCAUUAAGAGAACAUGCUUGUUUGUAACUGCUCACAAACAGCUUUUUCCUUGGCAAUACGCUCCCGUUCAGGUACUGUAUUGUUUGCCCCGUGGGAGCAGACACAAAGGUGCUUUACUCUACUACCAGCCAAAAGCUACGCAAAUAUGAAUGCGAUUUUUUAGCAGCACUUCAAUGCCUGUGAUGUUUACUUCAAUACCUAUGAUGUUUUUAAGAUAAUAUACCUAAAUCCACAAAAUUCUUAAUCUUUGUAUUUCUCUUUUGCCUCAGCAAUGAAAAGUUUGUUGCCCCAUUGUCUGUCUUUCUUGUGGUGUUCUGUUGUGCUAUUUUUUGUUUUAUAGAAAAAGCAACUAGACAUGCAAGAUGCAGAAAUCAGAUUUGUACAGAUUAGAUGGACUGUAUUUCUCAUUAAGAGAACAAAUGAAAUAAAACAGUGCAAGCAGAUAUCUGUAAUUGCAGCAUGUACGUAUGUGGAGAAUGUUAUUGGCUUCUGAUGUAAUCACUGAUCCAACUUUGUGAAAUAUGAUUUUCUCAAAGAGGCAUAUAACAUAUUGCACAGACAAAAAAAUGCUUCACUAGGAGUAAAUUCUGUGUUUCAGUAAUAACUGUAAGUUUUGCAUUGAACCUUGUGCUGUGAGUAUUGAUUACUGCUUUAUUUAGAGGUCAACGACAGGAAAGAUCUAUUCCUUUUCAUAGAAUUUACACUGAAGAUGUAAGCACAGAAAGCAAGUAAGAGAAGUUUCAUGCCUGAUCACGUGCCUAAAAUUCUACCCUAAUGUGUGUUUCUCUGCUAAAAAUUAAAAUAUUCUACCGAUACACCAAA